AUGCAGCCGAAUAUCCCAAUCUUCGUGACCAAGAGGUUUGCGCUCCCAGAGGUCACGAUAAAUACCAGUAUCCUGGAUAGAAUCCUGAGGGUCAACUCGAGUCAAGUUGUUCCGGUCUGGCAAGAUGGGAAAUGGAUUUGGAACCGAGCAAGGAACGACUACCCAAUAUCCUACGAUAUCAGCUACCCCAUCCGGAUAUUGCUGAUAAUCCAGGUAUUGUUUAUGAAAGAACAGGCUUGGAAGUUUGCCAUCAGGAUAGUAUGCGCAGAGAAUUGUAUCAUCUUCAGGCGGUUCCCAAGUCACGAAGUCCUUAUGACCGCCUAA